AUGCACCCCACCGCCCAAUUGGGAAGCUAUAAACAAUCUAAGAAAUGGGAAUGGCCUGAUCUUACAGAGAGCGAACUCCUAAACGCGUGCUCUGCAAAAAUCAAAGGAAAGACCCCUGGCCCCGAUGGGAUCACUCAAGAUAUCAUUAUUCAAGCGUACAAAGCAAUACCAAAAGCAUUCUUCACCCUCUUCAGUCAUCUUAUCAACCUUGGUUACCAUCCUUCUUGCUGGAAACAAGCCACUGGAGCGAUACUCAAGAAACCUUCAAAACCAGACUACUCGGCCCCAAAAGCUUAUAGAGUUAUCGCCCUACUAAAUUGCCUUGGCAAAAUAAGUGAAAGAAUUCUAGCUCAAAGGCUUAGCUACUUAGCGGAGACUACGCAAUUACUUCAUUACUCUCAAAUGGGUGGAAGACAAAAGAAAUCAGCCAUCGAUACAGCAAUCUUACUCACUACCGAAAUCGAAAGAAAUUCAAGAUCCAAGAAGAAAACCUCAACUCUCUUCCUGGAUGUUAAAGGCGCCUUUGAUCAUGUAUCUAUGAACAAAUUAUUAGAUAUCUGCAAGAAUCUAAACCUCCCAACCUGUUGGGUUUCUUGA